CAUGUAACAAUGGCGGCUUCCACUGACAGUGUGGACAGUAUAAGAGGACUCUUGGACAACAGUUUAACUAAGUUGGGGUUUGAAGUGUAUCCUUUAAAGGUUGGUUGGUACAACUCUUUGCUGCCUGCCACUCUGCGCCUGUCUUACCCAGAUGACACCUUGGCUGUGGUGGUACUCAGCACUCCUGCUAUGUUUGAAGAAGCCUUCCUGCCCUUCAUGGAGCAGAGGGGCUGCCAGGGGCUGUCUGACCCCAUAGAUCAGUGUGUCCGACACCACAUCACCUCCGCUGUCUCACAGUGUUUUCCAGAACAGAAAGUGGAUGUGAGGUUCGACUACGAGCUGCUGCCCAGCAGGAAACCGAAGUUCUUGGCGCAGACUGCAGCUCACAUAUCUGGAGCUGCUUUCUACUACCAGCAGUCUGAUGUCCCAGACCAACCAUGGGCUGGAAAAAAAAUGUUUGGCGUGUGCGUACAUCCCAGGUUCGGGGGCUGGUUCGCCAUCAGAGCUCUGUUGGUGUUUGGAGAUGUGACGGUGGGAUCUGAGCUGGUGCAGUCUCUUCCUCCUGACUGUGUGCCUUCCAGAGAAGCCAGGAUACAGCUGCUGGAGGCCUUCAACUUUCACUGGCAGGACUGGAGCUACCGAGACAUCGUCCCUCCGGUCCAGACCUACUCUCAGAAACAGAAGGACUACUUCUUCACUCCCCCUGCUCAGCGUUUUGCUCUGCUUAAGACGUGGGGCUUUGUGCAGAGUGAAGACGAUCGACCUGAUCCCUCCUCCGAUGCACAGAGUCAGGUGAACGGACAUGGAUGAAAACAAAGACCAGCUGAACUGUGGACGUGGCAUCUUGUGGGAUGUUUUAGUCCAUUGUUUUAACUGAAUCCUUGUUGACCAGCUGCAUAUCAAGACUUCAGCUUCCAUGUUGAUUUAAGGCCGUCUGGUUUUGGGUGACGGAUAAUCAUAGCUAAUAAGCUAAUAAGGGAUACUUGAAUAUUUGUGUUCAGCUCUGUAUGGCUGUUAUUUUAUCACAUUACUUUAAAAAGCCCAUAUUAUAUAAAUUUACAGGUUAAUAUUUAUAUCAGGGGUCUACAAGAGUAAGUUUACAUGCUUUAAUGUUCAAAAAACACAGUGUGUUCUUCUGAUACUAUACAUUUCUGCAGCGACUCCUCUCACCUUCUGUCUGAAACACUCUGUUUAAGCUUCUGUCUCUUAAAGACCCAGUCUCCUGUGAUUGAUCAACUGGCUCAAUGAAAGUAAAACAAUGUUGGUUACAUAUCAUAACUCCAGAUCUUUAAGUAUAGAGAUUUAUCCCUUGCAGAAGGAGGUAGGCCGGCGUAAUGCAAAUGUGUUACAUGAUGACAUAAAAAAGUCACAGAAGAAAACCCUGGACUUCAAAUGAGGCGUUUCAGGGUGGUGAGGAGAAAAGUUUUCUAUGGGAAAGAAUAACUCCAUUUGGUGUUAACUUUGGCCGUUAGUAAGUUUGCAGUACUGUUAUAUGCCCCCAAAAAGCUAUAUAUAAAAACUAAAGGAAAGAGAAAACUCCAAAAAGCAUAUUAAGGGCUCUUUAAAAUACCAUGUUAUAAUAAGCAGCUCCCUCAUAGCUGUGGUCCUAAAAGCACAGUUAAAUGCAGCUUCUGUUUCAGUACAAAACACCCGUCAUGUUUGUUGUGUGUUUGACAGCAGCAGUACCUCUCCUGCUGCUGUUGUAUAACGGAUGAUAAAUAAUGUUGAGUGGAUGUUUGCUGAAAGUAGCUCAGCAAAGCAGGAUUCAAUGUCUGCCAUAUUUUGAAGAGGAAUGCACUUUAUAUGCUUGUUUGAUGGAUCCCAUCGGAACUUCAGAAUGGUAUAGUUGAAAGUAGCAAUGGGAACUUUUAUUUCAAAGUUUAGAUGAAUCAUAUAUUAACACAUGGGGGUUCAAGAAGCUUUGUGUCACUCGCCUGUUUAAAUCUGCAAAAACACUCUCUUUUUUGUAAAACCCUUUUUCUACAUUGUUUGAUUUAACAGUGAGGCCUUAACAGUUAAGAAUGAAUGGCCAUGUGCUGUGGAAAACUGGAUGAGCCGUAGUAAAAGCAAUCAAGGUACAACUGUAUUUGUCUUUUGUAUUUUAUCAAAGUAUCAUAAUAAAGAGAAAUUCUCAGUGAAUAUUUCAGCUUAAAGGUUAAAGCUCAUCUGACCAAGAUACCAACAAGACAAUACAAGUUAUUGUACCAUUUGUCCUUCAAACAUUACAGCCUCAGCUUUCUCAUGAAGAUAACAGGAGCUUCUCAGUCAAGGAAUGUAAAUACUACAGAGUGCAGUCAAAACCAGACAAUAGCUGGACCAAGGUUAUUGCUGUUAUAUGAUAAAUUCACUACAAGGAAAAAUAGAGAAUGAAAUUUUACUACAAAACCAUGUACGUUUUGGUUUAAACUGACCAUGAUUUGAGAUGUUUUCCUCCACAGCGAUACAAAGGAGGUGCAUUGGAUAGAAAAUAUUGAAAACUUACAAUAAAAACAUCAAUAUUUCUUCACCGAAACAAUGUUCCUCUUCCAAGGGCAUGCUCUUUUGAUUAUCCUGAGUAAUGUUGACUAUUUUUUAUGAGUAUCUUCAGAGUUUAGGGUUAAACAAUUACAGUUUAUUCCACAUCCAUUGCAGAAAUUAGAAUUUUAACAAUCAAACAGCUGGGAAAUUGUUUAGAAUUGCUACAGUGAGCACUGUGACACUAAUUGGGAAAUAAAUCCUUCCAUUCA